AUGCUUGGAUUCAUUAAUGCUUCUGGUGGCACUGUUCCUCCUGUGUUCGUGUUUCCUAGAGUCCAUUUCAAGGAAUUCAUGCUACAAGGUUGUCCAAAAGGAGCAUUAGAUUUAGCCAAUCCAAGAGGUUGGAUAACUGAAGAGAGUUUCUACAGGAGCAUGAUACACUUCAUCAAGUAUGUGAAGCCGUCUGAGGAGAACCCUUGUUUAUUACUAUGUGACAAUCAUUCUAGCCACAUAACAAUUGACAUUGUCACGUUGGCUAGAGACAAUCACAUAACAAUUUUGACGUUUCCACCUCACUGUAGCCAUCGCCUUCAGCCGCUGGAUGUUUCGGUAUAUGGUCCUUUCAAAGCCCGAUACAGGGAGGCCAUGAAUGCAUGGAUGAUAUCUCAACCCGGAAAAACGGUAUCUAUAUACGAAGUGGCUCAAUUUGCCAACACCGCGUAUGUCGCCGCAUUUUCUAUGGAAAAUGUUAUUGCGGGGUUUCAGAAAACUGGGAUACACCCAUUUAACAGAAACACAUUCACUGAGGAUGAUUUUUUGACAUCAUUUGUCACUGAUAGACCUAUGCCUGAGCUUCGAGAUGCUGAAGUAACAACUGAUGACGCCCAUGAACUUGGUGCUAAAAUUCCAUCAACUGUCGAUGCUCCUCCAACAUCUGCUGAUAUCCUGUCUACCUCACCUUCACAAACAACAGGCUCAGUCAGUCAUCAGUCAGUCAGUCAGUAUCGAAUCCAUCAACCAUGGUUUUAUCUCCUGAAUGUGUCCGACCAUAUCCAGAGGCGUUGCCUAGAAAGAAUACUCAGAACCGAUCCAAGAAGAUGA